GGGAAUUUAUCAGGUAGAUGCGGUAAUAAUGAUGCUUUAUACAGUUAUGUUUAACCCUUGCUUUACCGAAACUACCUUCUUAAAUCUGUCUUCCUGUACGAGAUAACUUUUUUUGUUUUGCACAAAGAUACCUUUUGGUCUGUCAAUCUGUCCCAUGGGAACGGGAAUGACAUCCCAUUUCUGAUGCCAAGGUGUCAGCUUUGGCAAGAAAGUGCUUCCAUUGCCAUCACUUGGCGUCUCUGUUCUCCCGGUAUUGUUCUUGCCGAGGGAAGGGUACCCUGCGUCAUGACAGUUACUUGCGUUGUUGUGGGCAAUGCUCGAGAAGUUCGUUAAACGAAAUCGAGAAAGGAUUCGAUUUAUUGAUUGAAUCAAUCUCAACAUCAUUCCAGCCAGUUUUCUGUCAUUGUCUCUGAUGACUUGCUUGAGAUCAAGUGAGAAAGUAGUUUCACGAGUGGUCGACACUUGUAUUCUCGUGUUCUUUUCUCAUUUUUUGUGGUCGCCAAGAUGAGCACCAACAAUAGGAGUCGGAAUGUGCAGGACUUGCAGUUGGAUUUGUUGCAUCAGGCCCUGGACGAUACUGCGAGAAUCUUGAUUGCCUAUGUUCCAGUUCUGAGAGAAAUCAGCCUGGAGCUUUUGGACACAGUCUUUGUCCCUAGGACUGUUGCCAAGCAGUUGCUGUUGGCCAUUGCUCUGGAAGCUGGCGUCUUGACGUACAAGCAAGUGACGACCAUUGUCAAGGCGCUGCUCUCCAACUUUUCGUCCCGAAAUAGACUCAUUGCCGAACUGGAACGGCAACAGAAAACAGUCAAGGAUCAAGAUGACUGGAUGUGCUUGGCAGAAGCCAUUGAUCUGGCGCAGGGACACACAGUUUGGAGGUCAGAUCCAAACUGCGCUCUCUACGAAAAGGAGCGCAUCAAUGCUCGCAUUGAUGAGUUUGUACAUCUGAUGCGCCGUAGAGAUAUCUUUGAGCUGAUGUUUGUCUUGCGUGGUGGGAUUGCUAGAAACAAGUUUGGAUUGCUCCAUGAAGGUCUCUUUAGCAGAGCAAUGGCGGGGUCCAAGAUUCUUGUGGAAACAUAUCACAAUGUGGUGUGUGCGGCUCUCGACUUUGUCUGUGAUGCCCCGGUUCGAGAGGGAGAAGCUCCCAUUCCAACCGAUGCAAGACUUGCAUUCUUUAAUGAAACAAGGCAUGCCUACGGCCGGAGCGCUUUGAUCUUGAGUGGUGGCGCUGCAUUGGGCUUUUACCAUUGUGGAGUCGUCAAAGCUCUAAUGGACAACAACUUGAUGCCCCGUGUCAUUGGCGGAAGCAGUGCUGGGUCCAUCGUUUGCUCGAUGCUUGGAACUCGCACCGACGAUGAAUGCAGGAAUGACUUGCUCAAUGUCAUGGGGACCAAUGCGCCAGGACACUACGGGAGACUCAAACUCAACUUCUUCGCCCCCGUCCGCUCGGAGACUUCUCAGCAGCACGCACAGUCUGAUAUUCAACAAGUUUUGCAAAACUCGGCUGGGGCGUUCAAGGACGGCAAGAGAACGUGGCAGUUGAUGAUCCCAAUCGGUUUGAGGGGUGCAACGUCGUUCAUCUACGAUGUCGUCACGGGCACGCGUCGCCCGAUCGAUAUGGUGAGAAGCGAUACUGCUCACCUUCGCGAAUGUUGCAAAGUGAACAUUGGGGACUUCACCUUCCAGGAGGCUUUUGAUAGGACUGGAAGAAUCCUCAACAUUGUUGUCACUCCACUCAGUAAAGGCGAUCCACCCCGCCUGUUAAACUACCUGACGGCUCCGCAUGUGUUGGUGUGGAGUGCUGCAGCGGCAUCGUCAUCUUUGCCGGGUGUGUUUGAAGCCAACCGAUUGAUGGUAAAAGAUGUAGACGGCACUGAACGAUACGAGAGUGCUACAGAGAUGAAGUUUUCUGACGGGUCGAUGGAGUUGGACUUGCCUAUGCAACAACUGAGCGAGAUGUUCAACGUCAACCACUUCAUCAUCAGCCAGGCAAACCCACACGCAGUCAUGUUUGGCACCUACAACACUGAGAAAAGCGUGUGGACACACCCAGUCACUGGUCUCUUCAACUCUUUGCUGAUAUUCCUCAAAGAUCAGCUGCGCGCUUGGCUCACACAUGCAGUCGAGUUGGUUGGAGGAAGACAGAUUGCUCCUCUAUUCGGUGUACAAAGAGACUUUGGUACCCAGGUCCUUACCCAGGAAUACGAAGGAAGAGAGUGUGACAUCUCCAUGGUGCCCUGGAUCAGUCACCGUAGCCUCUUCAGUGCCUUCCUCCACUGCAUCUACAACCCGGACGAGGAUGACUUUUUGAAUUGGGUCGACGAAGCCGAGCGAGAAACUUGGAAGCACAUCCCAGCAAUCAAGAGUCAUAUUGCUGAAGAGAUCACCUUGGAUCGUUGCGUUCAGCGCCUACGACGUCGUCUUGCUGCUGAAUCCUUGGAGAAGAAGCGAACCAACUCGUACGGCGCCAAAAUGGGAGAACGCGUUCCAAGCUUCUUUACAAGCCCCAGCCUUGUUAACUUGGGAGGCUUGGGUGUCGGGGAUCAAACUGUUUUCAGCUCCUCCCAAGGCGACAUGGUCAAGGAUGGCAAUGCUCAAAGCAGUGGAUCCCUUGGUGUCGGCAAGGCUGCAAAGAAGGAACCAAUUCACUCUUGGACGAUUCCAAGUGGCGCUGUUCAAUCCGGCUGGGGUGGACUUGGCCUCCAGGGGAACCGACCUUCGGCAUCGAACUUGACCCGAUCUCAUUCAUCGGGCCUCUUCAUUGACGACGACGAACAUCGUCCGCACAUUCGUCAGCAGCAAGAGCCGGCUCAAAAGACUGGCGAGAACGCAUCUACUGGUGGUGGAGCAGACCGAGCGCAGGUUGCAGAUUUGAACACCACAGGGGGCUACGUCAAGACAACCAGCAUGGCUCACUUCUACUACCGCCGUGGAGGGGCAAAUCCCGGGAUGCACAAGUCCGUGAGCGAUCACAAAAUGCUCAACCAGGCUUCAGCUGACCACCCAGAGGUGGAACGACGAAAGUCCAAGAGCCAAUCGGAUCUGGUCUCUGCUGCUCAGGUGGUGCUGUCCUUGUCGUAACGAGUUGUCAACGACAUUUUAGAUUCUGUGGCCUCCCCUGAUCCACCUUCAUCGUUGCGCUGGGUUUAUGUCUCAACGGAGCGCACCUCGAUUUCCUAUUUUUAUACUGUACACAAUUCUACCCGCUACAAUUAGAAAGCUUAUAAUGAUUUAGAGGACAUUGUUUCAUUCAUG